AUGCUCUGUCUCAGCGACUGUCAGGUGGCGGUGCUCAAAUGGCUUCUGAAAAAUUUCGGUCUUGUAGAUCCUUUUCCUAGUUUAAAGAAACUGCAGCAGUUCGUGAAAAGUGUGACUAGUGCGCAGACGUAUAACAUCGAAAUUGAGCAGCGAUCUCCGGAGAAAGCUACUCAAUCCGUCCGUUGUCAGAUGAAGAACGUGAGAGAAGCGCUUACUGAACGUGUUAAAAGUUUGUACUAUUCGAAUGUUCUUGACCGGUCCACUUCUCCCGUCAAGGUUACCAUCUCCGGAGACAAAGGAGCGGGCAGUACUAAAGUAGCGCUCUCGUUCUGCGAGGGAACGAAAACGAACUCCACAGAUAACUGCAUGAUCGUCGCUCUGUUCACCGGCAACGACAACCACGCCGACAUGAGAGAAAAUCUCCCGGAAAUCAUCAAUCAGCUCCGCAACCUGAAAAAUGUUCAAUUUGCAGAUGAGAAUGGAACAGUGGUUGAAAAACAAAUUGAGUACUUUUUGACGGGAGACUUCAUGUUUUUGAGCGCAUGCUUUGGCCAUAAAGGCCCGAAAGCUACCAAUCCAUGUUUUCAGUGCAUGGAAGACUCGCGAAGUCUCAAGAACCUAAAAAACUGGGAUGUGAAAAAGAAGUCGCAGUCGCGCACGUGUCAGAGCUAUGAACGUUAUGCAGAAACUGGAGAGAAAGGAGUUCGACGUGGUGGAGUUGUUCUGUUUCCACUUGUGUUACUGGACCACAUCAUUCCACCGUCUCUCCACAUUAACCAAGGCGUUUUCGAUAAAUAUCUUUUCCGAAAGUUGAUCUUGCUCGCGAUGAAAUGGGACAGUCAUACGGAAGUUCAGCGGGACUUGGUGUCACAAUUGAUGGACCGUGAUUCGGCCAUGAACAAGCUUCAUGAGCAGCUCGACUACCACAAGAUUUUGUUCAGCAUUUACGUCAAAGAUGAAGAUGAACUUCGAAUCAUCAGGGAAAUUUGGAGGGAUAAGCUGACCGGAGACGAAAAAGAACGGUCUCGUGACGACUGCGACGCGCGAACGUGCAUUCAAAUAGAACUGCGCGAAAAAGGGCACCAAAGGCCGCCGCAACUUUGCAUCUGCAGCAGUUGUCACCAAACCCUUCAUCUUGAAUGUUGUGGUGUGCUUACUUCGCAAUUAAGAAUCUUAACGGAAGACGAACCGAAUGAGGCUGUUUGCUAUGAUUGUAAAAAUGCUGAAGUUAUCCCUGAAAUUGAAAGCUUGUUGAAAGAGGUGCUUGCGAAAAAGACCGAAACGGCGGUUCAAAUUGAGCAAAUUGAAAAGAGUAUUGCCGAAAUUAAAGCCAGUUCUCCCCCCGAAGGGCGAUACAGAAAAGCUUUGGACGGCGUCAUCUACGGAGAAUUAAAGCUCGUUCGCAAAUCAUACCACGGGGGUUCUUUUACGGGAAACGACAUCAAAACUAUUCUGCAACCCGAGAACGUUGCCAAAAUUUUGAACGUGUUUCCGCAUAACUGUGAUGAAGCGAAAGAGCUGCGAGAAAUGAUGCAUCAUAUGAGCAGAAUCAUGUCACUGUCAGUGGCGAGAGAACUCAGUGACAGCGAAAUAGAUAAUUUGGAGGAGAACAUUAAUAAUCUUGUCCAAAAAUUGAAAAAAGCUUAUCCUGAAGAUGGGGUCACACCGAAACUCCACCUGCUCGCUGUUCACGUCGUUCCUUUUGUUAGGCAAUUCCGAACAUGGGGAAUGACGUCGGAACAGGCAGUCGAGCAUUUGCACAGCAUUAUCAGAAAACUGGAGCUGGAAACUUUACCGAUCAAAGAUCAAUCUUUGCGGUACACAACCAUUAUGCGCCGAAGCUCAGUGCGCACCUACUUUCACGACAAAUGCGUACGAACAUACAAGAACAACACUUCAUAG